AUGAACUCCUACGCGAUUAUUCCGCCCGUGUACCCUUCGCGGGACGCGCAGGAUAUUGAGAAUCACCGAGCCGUCGCUGCCGUCGCUGAAUUCGCGGAAAAUGGGCUGUCCAUCGCCGAUAACUUUUUCGCCUACACGGAUGGUCGCUUGCCAUCGCUGAUGGUCAAUGGUGAGGCCAUUUUGGCAGCCUUCGAGAAGCUUUGUGAGCGCUACCGUCACGAGCGUCCUGCUGGCUGGAAUGAGGCGCUCUUCAUGAAGGAGUGUGGGCAGCGCGUAAACCCGGAGAAGAUCGCAGAAGUCUGCAUGCGCCCGGCGCUGGACGCGAACAGCUUUGCAAGUGCCCUGCACCACCUAACUGACAAGGAUCUACCGCGGGGUCGCUACCUCCUAAUGAAGGACAGCAUGAACGCCAUCAAGCCGCAUGUGCCCACAAAUGCUGUCGUCGACCUCCCCGAGGCGCUGGCGGCGCUGCAUGAAAUUCAGCACGUUGAUGCAACGGAGGCGAUCAAGGAUGAGCUGUCGGGGAUGGAUGAGCAGCGGCGAAAGUGUGCGACGCAGGUUCAGGAGGCCCAGGCCGUCUACGACGCCGCUCUCAGCCACGGCGACGUAAUCGAGGUGGAGCGGGCUCACCGCUACCUCAUCGCGGCGCGCUACGAGUACCUUGUCUGCUACGCGAAGCGCCUCCAUUUUCUGAGCUCCACAGAGGAAGACGACGAGGUGGUGCACUUUGCUGAUCGCCUGCAGAAGUUGCGCGAGGACGCCAAAGAUGCCGUGAAGGUCUUCAGUGACGACAAAGAUGCCCUCAAGUCUGCACUGCAGACGGACCUGGUGAAUUGCGACAAUGCGCGUGCGCACGAAGCUGCCAGCCAUGAUGCAGCGCAGGCGGCCUUCAAGGAGCAGAGGAAGAAGAUGGAUGCGUCGCUCAAGUUGAUUGUGGAGCGAAAGGCCCAGCUAGUACACGAACUGCUACAGAAAGCGGUGGAGCUGCGGGAGGUCAUGGAGCAGCAGCGGACCAUGACGCAGGAUGUGGUGGAGGCAGUCAAGGCAGAGGCGGAGCGCGUGACGGCUCACGAGGAAUUCGUCACUAUAGGGAACCAACACGUGCAGCGGCUGCGGCGGUGCCUUGAGUACUGUGAUGGAUGCGAGCCUGUGACCCGGGCGAUGGAGGAGUACGUUAAGGAGAUGGUGACGAAGCUCCCCGAGGAGAGCGCUGGGAACGCUCUUAACGCGAUCAUCGACCACGAGUCGGACGAGUUCCUCAAUGUCUACCGCGCAUUUGUGUUCGUGUGUGGUGAGCUCACGGUAAAGAAGACGCACCGCCUCGACACGCUGGAGCGCCAGGCCCGGCUUGCGCAGCAUAACCGCGACAGCGCCAUGGACAGCCUCGACCCCAACUACAAGCACUAUCGCGAGGAGCUGGCGGAGGUACUGGCGCAGGCGCAGGCGGUGGAGGGGGUCAUCAACGCCUUGCACGCCACGCAGGACGCCGGUGAGCAGGUGUUCGAGUCUGUCGAGGACCUCGUGCUGAGUUCGCACGAGCGCACCGAGAAGCCGUUUGUGCACCCUCUGCAAGAGCUUGGCCACGAGUCCAUCGCGGCCCGCACCCGCUUCGUGAAUCGUUCGAUGAAGUACGUCGAGGGCGAAGAGCAGGAAGUCUUCCAGAAGAAGGCACGCAUCGCGGAGGCUAAGGCGCUUGUGGAGCAGGAGCAGGAAGCGCUGGAGCGCGGUGUCAACGCGGCUGCCAUCGCCGCCCCUGUAGCGGCCACGUCAAGCGCGGCGGGUGACGCCGUCGCUGCACCGGCGCAGAUCGAGGCUUAG